AUGUGGCGGUGCGUGUCUCGGAGCCUUCGCCUCGGCUCUGCGACGAAGAGGCUAAUCGCAGAUACUGGGCCAAGCCAACCCGUCCUCGCCAGAUUCCUUUCCACCGACUCCGUAAGAUUCCUCGAAGAACCUUCAACGUGAAUUUCUACAUGUUUUCAUUUUUUUUCUUGAAUGUCUGGAAUGCGGUACGUGAAGUCCCGUGCUCUAGUUAGUGUUCGUGAGAUCUUUUUCUUAUCUACGCUUUUCUGCCGUUCGGCAACCGAUACGUUUUAUACCCUUCUGAUUUUGUAAACGCAUCUAGUCUCAUGUCUAAUAGAUUUGAUCGGCCUUUGCCCACCAUGACCCGACUUUUUCUGGACGAUUCGAUGGGAGCCAUGAUUUCUUCAUCUGUUUACUUGUUUUUCUUUUUCAGGGGUCUUUUAUGUUUAAUCUCCUAGCCUGUCCUGAUCCAUUGCGUGAAUAUUUCGAUGAAAUUAAACUUGGCGUGUUUUCACGGUCACCUGUUGCAGGUAGGAUCCUACACAAUUGUUGAUCACACUUAUGACGCGGUCGUGGUGGGAGCAGGCGGGGCAGGGCUCAGAGCUGCCAUAGGGCUUUCUGAGCAUGGCUUUAACACCGCAUGCAUUACCAAGCUGUUCCCUACUCGGUCCCACACUGUCGCAGCACAGGUAUGCGUUUUGUUAGGGCAGUUUAUCUCAAACUGUUACAUGUCAAACAUGUCAACUGGUAUUCAAGCUGUUGCCAUCCGAUUGUUUGGCAACCCGUUACAUGCCAACUACUUUGAAAACUGCUGCUUGAAUAGCAAUCUGGGUACGGAUUUUGCGGACUAACAUGCCUGGAUCCGGUUGUGUAAUGAAAUAGCUGGAUGCGAUUAUCAUAGUUAUGCCGAUGCAUGUUUCUUCACCUUUAAAUUUAUGAUAGGAAGAUGAGAUGCAGUUGACACUAUAUGAGAGUCACAAUUAAUUUUAGCUUCAUUGAUUGAAAUGACAGCGUCUAUGGCUAUAUUGGUAAAUAUUAUGAAUAUCAAUGAAGGUGAUGGAAUUUUGACAGAUGUAUUAAUACUCUAGAAAAUUAAGGUGCAGUUCAUGUAGUGACAUAUGUUUUAAUGAUUUGGUUCUCUUGGAUUAGUGCUUUUAUUUUCCACAUUUGUUGCAUAUUGAACAGUCCAAUGUCCCCCUGUUAUGGUAUUCGUUACUACUACAUAUUCACUGUUAAAAGGUGACGAUGUAGCCAGUGGUAUUAGGAGAAACCAUUUUGACAGGGUACCUUUGACAGUUGAGAAAUAAGUGGACUGUGACGUUCAAGGAGAUGAUCUUUUAUCUACUUAGGGAUACUGGGUAAUUGAUGUUUAUUGAAGACGUUGGGUUAGAUUUUCUGUGUAGUAAACAAGGUUUUGAGGAAAUGGCCCAAACUUAGGCGAGAAAGCUGAAUGGGUACUAUUAAACAUUCAGGGAGACCCAAAUUUGCCUGGUGACUGACAUGACAAUUCAUGAUCUGAAUGAAGCCUAGAAGUCACGAUCAUCGGCAUAAGAAAACCUAUGCUGGAUACAUUGGCCUACUAUCACCUAAGUGAGGUCGUUUUAAAACCUUUCGGAGGUCGUAAGAAGUCCACUGUUCGAUACAAUUCCUUUUAGUUUAUAAAUGGUCUUGAAAGCGUGUUUUGAGGUCUUGGGGGCGGGUUCAGGAGUGCUAUUGAACAAAGACUUAGGUUUACUUCUGGAGGUGUCAAGCUCGGUGAUACUCACAAGCAUCUGACUAGUAGAUGAGCCAGCUUGUCUGCAGUUCCAAAUAUCUUUGAACUUUUGCGCUAACCUGACCCCACUUUCAAUGGGGAUUUUAAAGGUUCAUCCUCUUUCAACGGAGGCUGUCAUUAUGAACAUAUAAGAUACAAGGUAGCUUGGUCUUCUAGUCAUGUGAUGAAGGGAGGAUGAACUGUCUCUCCUUAUCGCUUGUAAAAUAAAAAGAUUAAUUUGUCCACAUAUAGCCGGUCUUGUUUCACAAAGUUCACUUUGAUGUUAUUUUUUAUUUUCUGCUAAUUAUGGUAGUCAUCCUCACGCAGGGUGGUAUAAAUGCUGCCUUGGGUAAUAUGACUGAGGACGACUGGAGAUGGCAUAUGUAUGAUACUGUCAAAGGAAGCGAUUGGCUAGGUAAGUUCAUAACUAGAGUCCUCAUACUUUUAAUGGAUGAUCGUGGUCAUUUGCAUUGAUAUGUUUUUAGAGACGUUUUUUAUAGCUAUAUUUCUCAUAAUUUUCCAAGUCCAUUUCGUCUGACCAAUAUUAAGACUAAUAGUUGGAUUGAUAUGGGAUAUGAUUCUUAUGGAGUGUGUCUGUAACUGAAGAAUCUUGAUUGUUCAACUAAAGAAAGUAAACUCUCAUUUUUCCUUUUCGCCGACCUCUAUUUUUGUAAACCCUUUUAUGAAGAGGAGGAAUAUGCUCUAAAAGAUCUUGGUACCACAUUUGUUGCUAUACCAUAAAGCUACAUAAUAACUUUCAGGUUGUAUUCUUUGGAUGAUAUUGACUUGUUUGAGUGCUUACUUCAGGUGAUCAGGAUGCUAUACAGUACAUGUGCAGGGAGGCACCAAAGGCAGUCAUAGAACUGGAAAACUACGGAUUACCAUUUUCCCGAACAGACGAUGGGAAGAUUUAUCAACGUGCAUUUGGUGGACAGAGUCUUAACUUUGGAAAAGGUACAGAUACUCGGGAUUUUCAGUUUCCAUUUUUUAUUCUCUUGGUGCGCUUGCCUAACUACGCUUGUUGGUUUUGGAUCUGUAUUUUAUCAUAUUAUAGGUGGACAAGCCUACCGCUGUGCAUGUGCUGCUGAUCGCACUGGACAUGCACUUCUGCAUACACUUUAUGGUCAAGCAAUGAAGCACAACACCCAGUUUUUCGUGGAAUACUUUGCUCUAGAUCUUCUGAUGGAUGAUGAUGGUAAGCUGUUGCAUACUUUUGUGGUUUAUUUUUCUAAAACUUUUGGCACGCUCAUUUAUUAUUUGUACAUUAGAUGCAUGCCACUGCUGUUGUUGAGAAGUAGGUGCCAGUCUGUUUGUUUUUGCUCAUUAAAUUCUGCAAUUAACGGCUAAAUUUGGAUUGCUUUCCUGAAUAGAACUUGUUUCAUUCCGGCGGUUUUGUGUGAUGACUCCUAAAUCUUUUUAAAAUUGAACUGCAUUGGAUGAAAGUCAAGUAUUGUCACUGCAUCCUAGAUUAGCCAAUCCUGACCCUGAUUUGGAUUGCAUUGACUUGGUCCAAAAUGGGCUCAGCUGACAGCUUAGAAAGCCAAGGUUUUUAAAACAAACGAGAUGACUAAGGUGGUGUGAACCACCACCUUACUUACUAGGCAACAAGUUUCGUUGUGUCCUUAAUUUUAAUAUAUUAAAAUAAUAAUAAUAAAAUGAAUUAUUAAAUAAGUUAAUAUCAUAUAGUAAGUUUAUAUCUAUACAUAAUAGUACGGUUGUACAUGUACAUGCGGAUAUAUUCUCAUGUAAAAUAUUUUCAAUUAUUUUUUUUAAAAAUCAUUUUGUAUUUAUUUUCUAAUUUUAAACGUACAGAAACACUGGCGAAUGGUUGCCAAUGGUUGUAUUAAACAGUGAUAUGAUCCGUACAUUCCCACUCUCUAAGCCCAGCACCUUCCAAAAAUAGCAUUAAACAGGAUUCCUACAUUCCUUCGUUGAAGGAUCUCCCUCCAGGUAGUCCAUGGAUCGAUUCUUCUUAGCAUAUGGAAGUCUCAGUCUUUGUAAAGUACUGAUUAUUUAUGAAGUUACACUAGAUUCUGUCCAUUCUUGCUAAUUUCGUGCCAUCUCCCCUGCCCUGUUGCAUCUUGUGUCUCUCACUGAGUGAUUUCUCCUGCACCAUUGCAUCACUACGACAAUAACUACCCCCUGCCACGUUGGUGGGGAGAGAAGGUCAACCAAUUAGAACAUCGGAUAACUGCUGGAAAAAAACAGCUUCUUAGUGGCAGAAUCUUGUUCUACUCCAGUCCCUUCUGAAAGCUAAUAAGUUGCUCCAGAGCCUGCAACAUCUCCACUAACAUUAAUGUCACCACUAUUUCUUGAUGUUUGUAUUUAUUUUCCAAUCAGCAGAAUAAAGUUUGUGGCGAGGUGAUUUUUUAUAUCUCAUCUUCCUGUGGACAAUGAAGAAUAUAGACUAUGCCGUGUUCAGUGCUAUAUUUAUGUUUGAUCCAUGUGCAUCCAUGUUGUCAAUUUAUGUUUUCUUUUGAUUGGCAGCAUGUAGUUUUGACGAAUGCAAAACAUUCCCUGCAGAUCAUUGACAACGUCAUCCAUUUUUCGUUAAAAGUAAUCCUUAGAAAAUUGGGGAGAAUGGAUAGAAGACUUUUUACUGAACUUUAGUCAGUGUUUGAUUUUCUUGGAUCAUUUAUGCCACAGGAACUUGUCAGGGUGUGAUUGCACUCAAUAUGGAGGAUGGGACUCUUCACAGGUUUCGUGCAGCCAACACCAUUCUAGCAACAGGGGUAUAAAAUGCUCUCACUGAAGUGUGUUGUCCCAUUCUUUGAUCAAUGAUGUUGAGACCCUUACCAAAAUCUGAAUCAUUUCCCAGGGUUAUGGCAGAGCUUAUUUCUCUGCAACUUCAGCUCAUACUUGCACUGGAGAUGGUAAUGCCAUGGUUGCUCGUGCUGGCCUACCUCUGCAGGUUGGUGUGAUGGUUUUCCGAAUUGGAAAGAUGGCUGAUUAUUUUACUUCUAUUCUGAGUCGUUAUAUUUGUCAUUCCUGCAGGAUCUUGAGUUUGUGCAAUUUCACCCUACAGGCAUUUAUGGGGCUGGAUGCCUCAUCACUGAAGGUUUAUUUCCUUGCCUCGUAAAAGUUAAACGAUAAUUCCAAAAAAUAAUCAGAUGGAUUCUGUGAUAAAAUAUGAACAUUGGUGAUAUAAUUUCUCACUUCUAACUUCCGCAAAAGUCGGAUCAUCAAGUUCCAUUUGUCUAUUCAUUUCUUUUUAAAUUAUUAUUCGUGUUUUGCUACCUGUAGGUUCUCGGGGUGAGGGUGGCAUUCUUAGGAACAGUGAAGGUGAACGUUUCAUGGAACGAUAUGCUCCUACCGCAAAAGAUCUUGCAUCAAGGGACGUUGUCUCUAGAUCAAUGACUAUGGAAAUCCGAGAGGGUCGUGGUGUGGGUAAGUGAUCACGAAGAAUUUGAAACUCAUGCAUGCCAUACGGUUGCAACCUUUGUUUAAUUAUACCUUUUUCACUUGAGAUGAGCGCACCACGAGUUAUAACGAGUAAUCAAUUUACUAAACAAAUUUCCUUGUUUUUCUAGAGUCAGUUGUCCUUCGAUUUAUCAAUAUCUCUAUAACGAUUUACCAAUAUCUCUUUGCCUUUGCCUGUUGAUAAAGACCUGUGCUUGUUUAAGUGGGAGUUUAGAGUUGGGCAAAUAGUAGGGCAAUGAAUCAUAAUUUUCAACCAUGAUAAUCUAUGGGAAGAUUAGCUUUUUUUUCAGAUGUGACAUAAAUUUUAUUGCACUGUGGCACCGUCAAUGUGAUCCAGAUAUCCAUGAGAAAAACUCGUAAUGUGGACCUCUAACUAGCUGCAUUUUUUUAACUAUGUUUUUAUGUGCCAUAUGUUAUAACCUUAGAUUUUUGAUUAAAUAUUCUAAUUGUUUUAGCUGAUGAAUUUGAUCCUCAUCCAGGUCCACUUAAGGAUCACAUUUAUCUCCAUCUCAACCACCUGCCCCCAGAGGUAUUGAAGGAGAGACUCCCGGGUAUAUCUGAAACCGCAGCAAUUUUCGCGGGUGUUGAUGUAACCAAGGAACCAAUCCCAGUUUUACCAACUGUGCACUAUAACAUGGGUGGCAUACCCACAAACUACCAUGGGGAGGUGAGUUUUAAAUUAAUUGGAUCACAUAUAUCAUAUUCCUCUCUAGUAUUUAAUACUUUGAUGAACUUUUCUUCCAGGUCGUUCAGAUCAAAGGUGAUGAUCCUGAUGCAGUGGUGUCUGGUUUAAUGGCAGCUGGUGAGGCUGCCUGUGCAUCUGUCCACGGUGCCAAUAGACUUGGCGCAAAUUCUCUUCUCGACAUUGUCGUUUUUGGCCGAGCGUGUGCCAACAGGAUUGCAGAGAUCAGUAGGCCAGGUAGGUAGUCUUUCAGACCGUGGCAGACCUUCGGUGUUGUAAAGAGUAUGAAGUAACUUUUGUAGAUGAUCUUCUGCUGCAAUGCUCCAGGAGACUCACUUAAACCCCUGGCGAAGGGUUCUGGAGAGAAGACCAUUGCUUGGCUGGAUAAAUUGCGGAACGCCAACGGCUCACUGCCGACAUCAAAAAUCCGACUCAACAUGCAACGGGUGAUGCAGAAUAAUGCCGCUGUCUUCCGCACCCAAGAGACACUAGAAGAAGGUAUUUCUAUAGUCCACACCCAUUUUAUUAUCUCCUCCCCAAUUUUUUUUAUUACUUGGGUAUCCCCCUUGAAAUUUUUAUUAUUACUCGAAUCUAUGAUAAAAUGCUAUACGAAAGUUGUUAAUGAAACUUGAUUGGCCUCCUUGGUUGGUCAAGUCAGAUGGGUUAUCAGCCUCGGAUUCAUAUUCAUUAGUAUUAACACAUGAUUGGCCACCUUGUUAUGCAUGAAAUUUCUAUUUCUGUGCCUAAUUUGUUCACGGUAGGCUUGAUUUUACCUCCUUGUUUUAUCAACCUUGGGUUUUUAUUUAUUACAGUAAUACAUUAACAGUUUCUGUGCAUUAUGGUAAUUUUUAUUUAUCUUAUAAUAUGACAAUAAUAUAAGUUAUAAUUUUACUUGAAUUAUAAUAUGAAAAAAAUAUUUAUCUGUAUAAAAAAAAUCCAAUGCAAGGUUUUUCUGCAUCUGAUUUGAUUGGUCUGCUUGGAUUUCUUUGUAGGAUGCAAACUAAUUGACAGAGCGUGGGAAAGUUUCGGUGACGUCCAGAUUAGGGACAGAAGUCUCAUCUGGUAACUCUGCGGGCCGUGCAGAGCGAGCCUCUCAGCAGUCAUCCAUUUAUAGCAAUUCCUCUCAUUGAUUCUAUCACAAACGAAUUGUGGCAGGAAUUCUGAUUUGAUUGAGACCAUCGAGCUCGAGAACCUCUUGAUCAACGCAUGCAUCACGAUGCACUCUGCUGAGGCGAGGAAGGAGAGCCGGGGGGCUCAUGCCCGCGAGGAUUUCACUGUCAGAUUACUGUCUCAUAAACGAUAUUAUUAUUUCGAAUCAAAUUACUCUGGAUGAGCUAAGUCACCCAUCUCUUUUCGCUGCAGAAAAGAGACGACGCAGAGUGGAUGAAGCACUCCUUGGGGUGGGUUCUUCCUUCUUUCACUCUUGCCCAAUCCCUCUAUACUCUGCUGGCAUCUGAAUUUCCGUAUUUUCCUUCUCUUAUUCGUAGUUCUUGAUACUCAUGAUGGGAAACAUGCUUAGAUAGAUGUCUAAUGAAUGAGGAGAAAGAAAGAGAGAGAGAGAGAGAGAGAGAGAGAGAGAGAGAGAGAGAGAGAGAGAGAGGAUCUUCUUGUGGAGACGCGAGUAAUCUUCUGUGUUUCUGGCAGGUACUGGGAGGAAGAGAAGGUCCGGCUGGCGUACAGACCCGUCCACAUGAACACUCUGGACGAAGAGAUCGAGUCGUUUCCACCAAAGGCACGCGUCUACUAA